AUGUCGGCCCUUUUCAACUUCCAGUCCCUACUGAUGGUGAUCCUGUUGCUUAUUUGCACGAGCACAUAUGCACACUCGAUCAUGCCCGGAAUCAUGGACCGCAACCAGAACGGGUUGUUCGGUAUAUUCUGGAAAUGCGCGCGAGUAGGAGAACGUCUCAGUCCCUAUGUCAGCAUAUGCUGUUUCCUGAUGGCUGUCUCUAUCUUCCUCGGUGGCUAA